AUGUCUAACAGUUGUCCCACGUGUCGCAAGCGAUUUCAUCAAAUCCAAAUCUCUCAAGCUUAUCAUCCCCAUAAAAUAAUCAACACAAUUUCAAUCCAAGAUAAACUCCUACCUAAUCAAGGUAUAAAUGACAUACCAAGCCAAUUCAUUAUUCCACGAUUUCAAAUCCAACCAAUCCGAGAAGAUGAAUACGAGGAUGAAGAGAAUGGAUUGGUGACGAAUGGGGUUUGUUGGGUGGUUGAUUCGGGUAAUGGAUAUUUGAAUUGGUGUUGUCCCAUGUGUGAUUUCGAACAGGAAAGUAUACUACCUAGACGAGUUUUGCCGAUUUUGGGAGCCCUGGUUGGCGUGAGUAGUGACAGGGUAAGGAGAAGACCUAAUUUGAUUAUCCAUAACGAGAAUAAUGAAUUGGAUAUUGAUUUCUUGUACGAGAAUCAAUAUCCUACCGAGAUGAAUAGUUAUGAACAACCCAUAGAAAGGACUCAUCUGACAGUUAUAAAUGGAGGAGUUAUCCUACGGAGAGAAGAGAAAGCUAGACAGAGAUUAACCGAAGAAGAAAUGAACUCCUGGCAAUUAUUCGACCAAGCGAAGGCACAGACAGAUAUUAAUACUGACACUUCGAUAGGAAGCUCCUCCUCAAAACCUACGCGUUGUGACAUAACCCCCACAUCGUCCGAUAAGAAACGAAGACGAAGAAAGAAAAUCACUCCAAUUGAACCAACCAAACAAUCUACAACAGACACCCACAAACCCCAGAUCGGACCAAGUAGAAUAUCCAGCCUCAUAAAUCAAGUCCGAUCCUCCCAUAAUUCCAAACCAAACACCAAACCCUCAAUCCAACCGCCACCACCACCACAACAACCCCAAUUCACCACAUUUCAAUCAUUCCCAAGUGCAGACUCCCCAAUCUCACCCUCCAGCAAUAAAUCCGGUAAUAUAGGUCCUGGGAGUAGUGGUGGGGGAUAUAUUAAUACUGAAGAGGAUUAUGUUAGUAUAAAUAAGAGUAUUUCGAGGUUGGUAUAUAAUCAUAUAUUGAAUGAAGCUGGUGCUGGCGCUGGAACUGGUGGUGUUGGGGGAGAAAGGACGGAGGAUGUGUUUGAUAGAUAUUUUAAUGAUGAUGAUCCUACGAAAUUACAAGAGAUUGUGGAUAGGUAUGCAAAGAAUGUUUUGCUAAAGUAA